CAAGAUUUAUCCGCAAACUUCGCCAGACGAGCAUUUCCGGCAGGCGCACGAGAGCCAAAACAACGACUCCCAGUCAACUCCCUGUGCGCUUUUCUGCUUUGAGAGUCCGUCGUCGGGUUGGAAAAGCCAAAGUGACACACCUUGACAGCAGUAACGCAUGUGCAUUGUUUAAUAUGUACAAGCACCAUUUCAAAUGGAGGUUGUUCGAAUCCGAAAUCCGCCGUCAGGAAAAACUGGCCUAACUGGCAACAGCUAACCACUUCAUCUGAUUUACACAAACCGCUCCAAUAAUGUUAUCUAAUACCUGUGAGGCAUAUAACAAGCCCGUCUUCUUCUUUUACAACGAGACCGGGAAGCCCAUUUCGUCUGAAUGGCGGCCGCAGGAUUUUGUGGUGGUCGGACUCGGGAUCCCGAUUUGCGUCUUCAUCAUUCUCGCGAACAUGAUGGUUAUAGCUGCCUUCAUCAUCAACCGACAUUUCCACUAUCCCAUCUAUUAUUUACUGGGAAACAUGGCGGCUGCUGACCUCUUCGCAGGCGUCUCUUAUCUCUACCUGGUGUUUCACACCGGCCCGUGGACCAUCAACCUGACCAUGAACGAGUGGUUCAUCCGCGGAGCUUUGAUCAAUAUGAGUCUGACCGCCUCUGUGGUCAACCUGCUGGCCGUGGCUGUGGAGCGCCAUCAGACCAUCUUCACCAUGCAGCUUCACAGCACCAUGACCAAGUGGCGUGUUGUGAUGCUCAUAGUGUUCAUCUGGUUGAUGGCCAUCGUCAUGGGCCUGGUCCCCAUCAUGGGCUGGAACUGCGUUUGCGAUCUGUCCACGUGCUGCUCGGUGGCGCCGCUGUACUCUCGCAGCUUCCUGAUGUUCUGGGCUCUGCUCAACCUCCUGGCCUUCUUCAUCAUGGUGGCCGUGUACACCCGCAUCUUCAUCUACGUGCGACGCAGGAGCCAAGAAAUGUCCCCUCAUACCGACCAGCCCUCGCACAAUCAGACUGUUAUCAGCCUCAUGAAGACCAUGUCCAUGAUUUUGGGGGCCUUUGUGAUCUGUUGGACUCCAGGUCUGGUGAUUCUUUUGCUGGACGGUCUCAGUUGUUCCAAGUGUGAGGUUCUUAAAUAUGAAAAGUAUUGCUUGGUUCUUGCUGAGUGCAACUCUUUGGUGAACCCCAUUAUCUACUCGUUUCGGGACAAGGACAUGAGGACCACCUUCAAACGCAUUCUCUGCUUCCCCUGGAGAAGAAUGCACCAGCAUGAGGGGCCUUCUGGCAUCCGCUUCGAGUCUGUCAAAACAGGGGCACCCCCUGAGAAAAACAGCAUUUACUCCAAGAGUUUUGAACCCGAUACUAGACAAAGCAUAUUGUCUGUAUAGAGAAAGCAUUUCUGUGUAAAUAAGUGACUUUGUAUGUGCCUAGUUAAAGGAUUGCAUGUACAAAGAGUAAAUACUUCAUUUUUGAUAGCUUGUUUGUUGCGUGUUUUUGUCUCAGUUUGACAAUGGGCGUAUUAGACAGCAUUGUCCCACAUUGACUUCCCUUGUACGGACAUUUUUCAAACAUUUCCCCCUUAGAUUCCGCAGGAGUCAUAUACAAGUUUUCAACCACAUGCGGGAGAACAAAUAAUGACAGAAUGUUUCUUUUUGGGUGAACUAUCCCUUCACCUCGUAUUGUGGAACUUUAGAGGAAUAUAAAAAUGUAGUUUAUUCUGAAUGAAAAUGAGUUUCAUUAAUCACCCACUGCUGUCUACAAGACGACAUUUUUGGUACACAAAAAGACCACCCUAAACAUUGCCCAAUUGCUGUUGUAUUUAGCUCAUCUGUUUCUAAUUUAACUUUUCUUCAUUUCAACACACCAAGUGUUUAUAAAGCACAUAGUCAAUUUGAGAUGCUGAGCAAAAGGUCUGAUUUAUUAUGAUCCUCAUAUUAUAGUCCUUAUGCUGCAUAAAUAUUCAGGCAGGUCGAGACGAUUGGCUGGUUUGCCAAAUAUUGAGAGGCAGACUCAUUCAUAACUGCUGUAACAAGAUCAUUUACACUUCCUAACAUGCGAACACCCCCUUAAUGAACACGAGAGGAAAAAAAACGACAGGCUCAAAAGCACACUAGAUUAUUUUAUUAGUUUUUGUUUUUCUAAUAAGGAACACUACAAUUUUCUCAUAUUUCUUUUUUUUCUCUCUCACUAGAACAGUUCUAAAGUUGAGGUAUAAAAGGAGUUUAUACAGACUACCAAGUCUGAAAAUGAUGGGGUUUAUAUACAAAUGAAAUGGAGAGAGGAGAGGUAGAGAAGAGGGAGAGAAUGGUAAAUACAGAAGGAAGCGUGUACUACAAUUCUAGUAAAAUAAUGAUAAAAUCGAGGAAAAAAUAAACACUGACGCCAUUUGAUUUAGUGCUGUUGAAUCCACCUCAGCUUAAAAGUAUUGUCCAAAUUUUGUCCAGUCCAUUUCUACGACUACGUAGUGUUUGAUAUCACCGUCACUGUUUGCCUUCCGUAUCUCGCAUCUGUAGCUUAAGCAUCGAUAGUGAAAUAGUGUGAUGAUAAACGAAGUGAAUUUUCACAGCACUGUAAACCAAUGCUCAGACAAAAACCACACAAAAUAACCGAACAACACUCGGAGACUGCGAACCGAAAUAAAACGUAACUGAAACGCUAAAAUGAAUAUUAUUACAAAGACUAACAAAUAUUACUCUCUCGUGAGUAAAUCCAACACCCCAGCAUUAAAAAAACAAAACAAGAAAAAAGGCAUACAAAAUGAGAAAAUACACUGAAACAUUCCACAAUCUGUACAGUGACAUCCAUAGAUGACUGAUAGAAAAGAAAACAAAGACAUUUUGGUGUAGUAAUAGCAUCAGUUAGAGAUAUCCAUAUGAAAUGUUUAUAACUAACAGUAAUCUAUAGAGGACACGAUGAUGUGAAUAAUACCUUGAAAAGCUCCUCAGAGUUUGUUUUCCUAUGUGUACAUAUAAACAAACCCCAAUUUACAUUUCAACGUUAUUUAGUCCUUUGUUUCAUAUAUAGAAUUUCCAUUCAUAUCAAAAAAACGCGACUAAAGGUUACAUUGGGAAAAUAAAAAAUAGAAGAAAAUCAACAUGAAACAAGUCCCGAAUACAAACUUGAUCCACCAGGAUAAAAGUAAAUAUAAAUUUAUCUGAUGUUCCUCAGUAUUAGCUUUAGUCCGUCUGUUUCAAAUCCCAACACAUCCAGUACUUAUUUUUGGUUCAAUUUGAAGGAGAAAAGCCCUUGUCGCUUGGCUAUGUCAACUGAUAACAAGAAAGAGUUCCUUUGUUUAGUGAAUUUGUAGGCAACGAAAAAGGGGACAGCAUGCUUUUACCAAGGAACAGGUGCUUUCAAUUGCACGUACAAUACAAUCAGUUCAAAAGCACAGCAAAGUGAGUUAAGAGACAACCCAACCCCCCUUAAAAAACAGACACCCAUACACACACACAACAUAGUAACGUGAGAGGCCGCAGGACAAAUAAAACAAAUCCUUGAUACCUGUAACUAGUUCUUGUAACAUCAUAACAAAUCUCAUAUUUUCAAUGACCGUGACAAUACAUGUAUAACAUACGCAUUGUAGUAUAACAACUAUACCACAUAUAGUCAGGUUGCUAUUGCCUUCUCAAAAAACGUUUUCCGGGUGAAACAGAGCAUGGUUACCUGUAAAAAAAAAAAAAAGAAA